AUGUCGAAAGCACCAGAGCAGAAAGUGACCAAGACGUCGACCUGCAACUGCGGACAGGUGGAGGUUAUAGUAACAGGAGUUGACAAGGGGACAGUGUUUUGCCACUGUGACAACUGCAAGAAGGCCAGUGGGAGUGCCUUCGCCCAUAACCAUCGAUUCACCAAGGCGGAGCUGCAGUUCAAGAAAGGACAAGACGUUGUCCGAGAGUACAAGGACGGCAAUACCAAGAGUGGCGCGACAGUCAACCGUAACUUUUGCUCGAACUGCGGCUCGCCGUUGUUUCUGUCGACCUCUGCCAUCAAAGGUUUCUACAUCCUCCACGGCGGCUGUAUCUCCGGACGAGCUCCACAGCCAUUCAACGAGUUUUUUAAGGACGAUAAGUAUGCGUGGCUGAGCGAUGCGACCGAGAAGGCGAGGCUUUAG